CAACAAGAGAGGAAAAGGAAACAAAUAGAGAAGGAAAGGAGGUGAAAGCGAGGAAGCAGACUAUUGCACUGUAAAAAAUUCGCAGGAAGUAAGGGUUAUAGAGUGAUUAUUUUUGGAGGAGAAAGAGAAAAGAAGGAGAACGAAAAAGAACGGUAGUUGGUGGAUUGAGCUCUUUUUUUGUUCCUGGAGAGAAAACGACUAGGAGUUAACUAAGAGAUAAUCUGAUAGCGAUGAGCAAUCCCCAAAACAAACACCCACAAUCUGAUGAUAGGUAAAUUCAGGAUGAAAGAGUAGACAAAACCAAUGAUUCUUUUGUUAGUUGAUUCAUGACUGGAAUCGCUUCUCGUUUGUUUCAAUGAAUUGUUUGUUUACUGGGUAGAAACCAUCCUGUUCUGCUACAAGAGUAUGUGACAGAGAUGGCAUCGUAUUACUCCAGUAUUGUAGGUAACCUCUUUCUAAGGAAAAAUCCAUUUGGCUUAUAUAUUUGUUUGCUUGUUCAUCGGGUAGUACAGUUCAAUGAAAAAGGGAAAGAAAAAAAAGAGACAGAGCGAACUACACACAAGCGAAAAGGAAUCGACGAAUUCUUAACUAAAACAAAAAUUAUGGUAAUUUCUUGAGAUUGGGAUUGGAAGUGCUGGUUCGUAUUGGUUGCAUGCUUUUUCGCAUACCUGAACCGUUUUAGUCUGAAGAAACAUUUGGAAGCACCUUUUUAUUUCCAUUUUACAAUUGGUAAUUGGUGACAAAUGUUAUAACUAUCCUUAUCGUUGUCAUAUCCACGUUUUCUACCAAAUCGAGGGUUUGUUUACGAUCCCGAAAGUAUGUAUCUUUCGACUCGAAUUUCUGUUUUCAAACAUUACUUGUAGUAAUUUGAAAGAAAAACUAAGGAGAAAGAGAAAAAAAGCGAUCCAAGAACGAGAGCCGCAUGUUGAUUAUUUAGACAAAAACUUUGAUGGCAUCAGCUAAACACUCAGGCAAACACGUCUUACUCAUUUGGUCUUUUUCGUAUUAGAUGCGAUUCAUCCUUCAGUUUUUAUUUUCUGAAGGCUUUUUGUUCAUCGUUCGGCGAAUCCUUGCUGAAGAAUUGCCGUGCAUACGUAUAAACAAUGAAAAUUUGCUUUCUAGCCCGGGUUUUUCAUGCUUUAAGUUCUUUCUAUUAAGUUUAUCUUCUUAGCCCUUUCGAAUGAUCUUACAAUUCAUUCUGCCUAAUGAUAAUACGACACCAAGGAACCUACCACCGAGUUCUCCCAUACUUUUUUCAAACAUUUUUCUUUUCUUUUCCAUUUUCAUUUAUUUUUAUUUUUAUUUCCUUCUAUAGACCGUAUGAGCAGUAGGAAAAAAAAAAGCCACCUACAUCAGCUGAAUCCAUACCACCUGUUCCCAAGCUCUAUUCUCUAUAGAACUUGAAACCAUCUCAAUUGUUUCGUAUUUUUCAUCGGUAAUUAUUUAUAAUCUCAUUUUAACUUUUCUUUUUGGAUUUACUCGCUUUCCUAGACUUCUUCUAUUAUUUGACGCAGUUCAUACUUGGCUGUCUCAUACAAUAAGUGGUGUCUUCUCAUCUAUCAUAAUUGUAUGUUAUCUAGAAAAUUUUUUUUUAGAAAUAAUUAGGAACUGUAUAUGAUUUCUACGAAAAAAGCAAAAUCGCGACCUAAACCACCCAUGGACCGAUCGGAUUCUGUUAAACGUCGGGCUGCAAGAUCAGCUCGUUUUUCUUCGGGGACUGAUUUGAAAUUCCAAGCUUUGCAAAAAAAAAGGAUUAAAGAACAAGAAGUAUUUGAAGCUCGACAAUCCAAGCAUUGGAAAGAAAGCACUAUUUUGGUCGGCACUUGUACUCAAAUGUGUCCAGAAUUUGAAGUUGCCGAAAGAACGAUUCAAAAGUCCAUCCAUCCAUAUGAAAGACAUCCAGAAACACAACAGCCUAAUCCCAAUUUUACUGUCAAAGCAUACCAUCGACCUGCUGCUGGAAAAGGUCCCAUUUUACCUUCCGACGUUCGACCUCCAGCCAUUUUGAAAAAAACAACUGAAUACCUUUUUCGAGAAAUAUUGGGAAAACAUCAUCUCCCUGAGGCUCACGCGUUUGUGCGUGAUCGGACUCGCGCUGUACGUCAGGAUUUUUCUGUUCAAUCUUCCUUUACCGACGAAUCAAUACAUUGUCAUGAACUUAUUGCUCGAUUUCACAUCGUUUCGUUGCAUGAACUGAAGGAUCAACCGGCAUUUAGUUGUCAACAAGAAAUUGAGCAAUUAUCAAAAGUUCUCUAUACCCUUGGGCAGUUGUAUGAUUACAAUUGGUUAAAAAACCGAGUUAGUCUGCAUGAACCCGAGUUUCGCGCGUAUAUGGUUUUGCUAAGCUUAGGUGAUCCAGCAAUAUCUAUGGAGACGUUAACGUGGUCUGCAGAGAUUUUAGAAAAGCCAAUUGUCCGAACGGCGUUGACCCUUCAUUCUUAUGCACAAAGAAAUAAUCAUACUGAGCAAAAAUCAAAAAAUAUUGAUUUGUCUUUGAUAUCUUCUAUUAACACUGAAGGUGCUCCGAAUUUCUAUACAAGGUUUUUCAAAGUUACUAAAAGUUUUAAAACUACCUUUUUGAUGGCUUGCAUAAUAGAUUUGUUUCUUCCUUCUAUACGUACCGGUGCGUUGAAGGCAAUGAAAAAGUCAUAUCUUUCAGCUCAUGCUAAUAUUCCUUUUACUGACCUCUCGCGAAUUCUUUCUGUUCCUUAUGAUGAGGAUCUCAUAAAAAUUUGUAAGAGUCAUGGUCUUCAAAUUGCGUUUAAGGGCGAGCAACCGGUGUCGGUGGCUUUGAAUAAAAGAAUAUUAAUACAUGAUCCUUUACCAAUGGACAAUCAAUUCUCAUAUAUCGCUAAUACCAAACACCCUCGCAUACCAAUUUCAAAUAUCAUAUGCGUUGCAACUGAUAAUGUAAAGCUACAGAGGCGUCAUUCAAAGAAAUACAAAAGAAGUGCUCUUUUAAACACGGGUCCAAGUUAGGAAGUUUUCAUAUUCAGGUCUCCUUGUUUGUUGUUUACGGUUUUAAUCUGGGAUAUUUAAAUUAUUAUUGAAUUUAAACCACGCUUUAAGAACACAUCAAUUUAAUGGGCAUUGUAAGGCCUAGCAAACCAAUAAAAAGUCCUUUCUAUGAAGAUGAAGAUGAAAAUCCAAGUAAUAAUCAAAGGUAAGACAACAUUAUUAAAGAGUGUCUAAUGCUUUUGACGUAUCUAUUUUAUCUACUAAAUUCAUAAUUUGAGAAUGAACUGCCUCCACGCUAGUAGAAGCAUCCAAGGUGAUAAAAGCCAUGCCUUCUUCCAUAUAUUCGCGUUCAAUUCGUUCAAAGUUUUUCUCAACCUUUUUCUGUAUUUCUACUUUUUCGUAACGCUCCUCUCCAUACUGCCCGCGUUUUGCAGCAAUCUCAGGACGAACAUGCAAAAAAAUAACUAGAUCUGGACGUGGUAAACCACGAUCAGGGCUCUUGCACCAUUCCCAAUUGAGUCCCUAAGAGAGUUAGUACAAUGUUUUCCAUAGGGCGUACAAUUUUGGUAGGGCAACAUACUUUGGCUGCAGAGAAAGCAAUUCCAGAAAAGGCAUACCGAUCUAAAAUGCACGUUGUUCCUGAUUGAAUUUUUGAUUGGAUAUCUUCAAUAACUUCCCAUCUGUUUGCGGAGAAAAGUAAGUGAAUGACUUGAUCGCUAAGCUGACUAGUUUCUUUCAAAUAUGAGUCAAUUUUCUUGCCAAUAGCAGUAGUUCGAUCUAAAUAUUAGCAAAAACUUCCAUGUAAAAUUCAACUUUAGAGAAAUAUACCUGGAAAUUUAUAGAGCUGGACCCUUUUGCCUUUUGCUUGCAAAUCUUCCAGUAAUAAUUGGCACUGAGUAGAUUUUCCUGAGCGAUCUAACCCUUCAAUAACAAUUAAAGAGCCUCUAUUUUGAAUACUCAUCACCAAAAGUUUAAGUUUGUAAUGUUAGUUAUUUUGAGACAGUCAGACCCGUAAGGACUAUAUAAUAAAAAAAAUAAAAAGAACUUGAAAAAGAAC